CCUGCAGCUUAAACCUGUAGUUAGAGGCAGACGUGGAAAGCUCAGAGUAAACCUUCACACAUGGAUAUUGAAAGCAUGGUGCAGAACAGUGCUCUUUUAAAGGCCAGAGAAGGUGGUAAGAGCAAAGGCCGCAGCUGGAAAUGGAAGGACAUGCUUCGCCUUCCACACAUCAGCCUGUGCACGGAGCUGAGGGCGACCAUAG